GGAGGAACGGGUGUCCUCACCUCCGUCUCGGUCGUUGUUGUCGUUGUCAUCAUCGCGCCCAGAAUGCGAUGCGGCCGUGACGUCUCGUAUCUCAUCGAGGAAGGUCAUCGUCGCAUCACACCCGCGUACGGUGGCCGUUCGUCAUGAGACUCGGAUGACGUAUGGCGCGGAUCGGAAAACCAGCUAGACCGAGACUGUCGCGAAAACUCCAUUCGAUGGUUCGAAACGCGCUCGAGGCACGACGAAUGUCGAGAUAAUCAAACGGAAGUUAAUCAGCACGGGGUGUAAUGCAAGUGAUGCGCGUUGAUAACCUCAGAGUCUCGGAACUUUUAGUCUAGCCGAGUCAUCUUAACUCGAUUUAAGAUUGCAACCGAAAGAUGAGAAAGAAAACUUCAAAGAGCCGAGAGUUGAAAAGUGCGCGCGCGAGUUCGGAGAUGUUAAAUUAUCCAGAACCGGAAACACUGGACGCUGGACACAACCGGAUAAUCGGUGAGUUACGGGAGGGUGGAAGAGGAGAAGAACGCGAGUGUAGCAUGUAGACGUAAACGUUGUCGGGGAUCGUUUCAUCCGGAGGCGUUAUCUUUUUCCUGAGAGACUCUUCCCACAUGAGAAGAAGAGGCUUUUCUCCACAAAAUUAGCGAUUCUAUCUUUAUUCUUGUUAUUCAGUCGGUCUGAGGAAUUCUUGCCGAGACGAUAUCCGUGUGUGUGUGUGUGUGUGUGUGUGUAUGGUACGCGAGUGUUUAGUGUAGUUCGACGAAGAGAAGGACUCCCGACGAGGAUCGGGAGCGAGUUUCGUUUUCUCACUAGUUUCCGUAGCUCGAAGACUACUUCAAGCGUUCGAGAUUUCAACGGGAGGACACCAUGUUGGAAUUUUACCCCCCGGCGCCUGGUUCUUUCAAUCAAGGUUCUUUCAAGAAUGAACCGGGCCAGCCUCUGCCGACGGUUCCGCCUAUUCCUUUCCGGCCCACGGCGGAAAAUAAUAAUGCAGAACCGUCCGUUUCCGUGAAGACGGAGUCCGGUCUCCUGGAGACGAUCUGCGCCGGCUGCGGCCGCACCAUCGCCGACAAAUACGUGAUGAGAGUCGCCGAGAGGAAUUAUCACGAGGAGUGUCUCUCCUGCACGGCAUGCGGCGCGAUGCUGUCGCACUCGUGCUUCAUACGCGACCUCAAGCUCUACUGCCGCUCCGACUACGAGAGGAUUUUCGGGGUGAAGUGCGCACGUUGCAUGGAGAAGAUCAGCUGCUCGGACCUGGUGAUGCGGGUGGCCAGCUUGGUCUUCCACGUGGAGUGUUUUGCGUGCUGCAUGUGCGGCCAGCCGUUGCCGAGGGGCGCCCACUUCAUCCUCAGGCAGGGCCAGCCAAUCUGCAGAAGGGACUUCGAGCACGAGUUGUUUCUAAACAGUCCGCAAGAUGACGACUUGUUGGACGAGAAUCGACCACGGGAUGGACGUCGGGGUCCGAAACGGCCGCGGACGAUUCUCACGUCGGCGCAGCGGCGCCAGUUCAAGGCGUCGUUCGAAGUGUCGCCGAAGCCCUGCAGGAAAGUGCGAGAGGCCCUCGCCAAAGACACAGGGCUCAGCGUGCGCGUGGUCCAAGUGUGGUUCCAGAACCAAAGGGCGAAGAUGAAGAAGCUCCAGAGAAAAGCCAAGACCGAGCCCGGAUCCGACAAGGAGCCGAAAGAAGAGCGGAGGACGGAAAGUCCGCACAGCGAUCACAGUCAUUACUUGAACGCCCUGAACAUGCGCGAUGGGGAAUCUUCUAGCUUCCCCUCAGCCACCCAACCGCUCAACCCCAAUAACCCGUACUCGCCCGACGACGCAUAUCCGGGACACUCGGGUGAGAGUUUUUGUAGCAGCGACUUGUCCCUCGACGGCACGGAGGGUGGCUUCGACAUCGGCGAAAAUGACGGCGGCGGUGCCGACGGCAGUCAUCAAGGUGCUUCACACUCCCACCACAGCUCGUCGUCACACGACACCCCGUCGUUGUCGCAGAGUCUGCACGCGGCCAUACACAAUCCCAUCGACAAACUGUUCAUGAUGCAGAGUAGUUAUUUCAGUGGUGAUCACGCGUAAUCCACGUUUCCGCCUUCUCUUUCUCCCCGCCGCUCGUCCUCAUACCUGUUUC